AUUUUAGAACGUGUAAAAAACUCGUGCAUAUUACUGCCCUUCAAAUUUAAAAAACCUAAACUCUCUCUCUUGAUUCUUGCUGCUGCUCCAGUUGCCAUUGCUGCACAGUGCACAUCCAGUGAUUACGAAUAUGGAAGAAGUGCCAAAAAUGAAAGCUGAUAAUGAAUUUUACGCUGAUUUAGAUGCCAAAUUGAGGGUCAAACUUACAUGUCAUCUAAUAAGACAUGAAACAUCGAGAGGCAUACAAAUAAUUCAGCCUCCAAUUCAACAAGAAUAUUGUCAGUGUAGUUUUGCUGCAGCUGUUAAGGCUUUAGAUUAUCAACUAAGGCUGUUAUAUUCACUUACACCUAAACCAACCGAAUUAGUCAAUCACAUAGGUGUUUGUCUUUUUGACCAUGUUAAGUGGAGAAGUGACCUUAAAGCAAAAUUUCCUGAAAAAACUCGUUGGAAACCUGCUGACCUUAUAAAAUCAGCAACAAUUGAUGGUGCUCCCCUUUGGAAUGAGUUGAACCAUUGUAUUCAAGAAUGCAUGUUUGCUGACCCCUUAGCCUCUAAAGGAAUGAAGUGGGAGGAUACUAUAAAGAUGUUUUUGAAUACAUGCCCUGUGGUUGGAGUGUUUCAAGUUAGAAAGGAUUAUAAGAUUAAUGGAGAUGGGAUAUACCAUGGUUUGGGGGAUCACAUUGAUGAUAUUCUUUUUUGUUUUGAUGAUAAGGGGAAAAAAGUUUGGGGCAAAGCUUAUCAUGCUGUUGUGCUUUUAGAUUACAUAGAAGUAGACGAUGUAUUGUAUGUAUAUUACCAAAACUCAGAUGGUGAUCCUGAAAAGAGUUUAUGUAAAAAAGGAAUUUCUUUAAUUCGUUCAAAUCUCAUUGUUGAGCUGAUAUACGGAGCAUCCCUUCCUCCAGUACACCCUCCAGCUCUGAUGCAAUCAUAUGAUCUACUUCAAUACCUUAAAAGGGAUGUGGAUAAGGUUGCAAAACUCAUGGAUGAGACGGAUAAAUACAUGGAUAAAGUUAUAGAACUGCGUAAAGCAAUUGAGACGCAUGAGAAAAAUGGUGCAUGGGAAGAUGUAAAAACAAGUUUGAAGGAAUGUGGAAAAUUUAUGGAAGAAAUUGGUACUCAUCGCCAUAGCUUGCGUGGGUUUGCUAAGAAGUACUUUAAUGUGGAGGAUGCUGGGAUGGUAUCUUAUUUGGACGUUAUUGACACACUUAAGCAUUGUAAAAAGUUCUUAAGCUUUACUGAAAGCUUCGAGGAAUUUAUCAACAAACGUACAGCUUUCACUUGAUGGGUUUUCUUAUAUGGUUGAACUUAGCGUUGGCAGAUAUUGAUCCAUGUAUGCUUGGAUCAGGUCUUAAUGCUAUGUAAGGGUUGGACCAUGAUCCAAUUAUAAACAACCUACAAUCCAAGACAAACCAUGAAGAGCAUAAUUGGAUCA